AGAGAGAGCCUUUUUCCCCACUUCCUUUUACUGUUUCUCACUCCUCUUUGUUCUCAUCUCCGACCAUUCUAUCUAAUAGCUCUCCGUCUUGUAUUCCGCCACCUUCUCUACUUAUCUCAAAUCAAUCAUCAACAAAACUCAUAAAUAUAAUAGUAAAUAUAUGUAUCUUUGCUGUAAACUUUCAUCGUAAUAUGUUAUUGUUGUAAUUAUGUUGAAUGAUUUUUUUUUCUUUAGAAAAUUAAUUGAUACAUUAAUCCAAAAAAAGAGAUUGAAUUAAUUAACUAGUUAAUUAAUAUAAAUCAUUUGAAUUAAAUAAAUUAAUUGAAAAAAUUAUUCCUCUUUUAAAAAUAUAAAUUUUAAUAAUUUAUUUAAAAUAGAAAGUUAAAAAACCAGACUUAUUAAUCUGUCGUACCACCGGUGCUGUUACGAAAAACAUUGCUGGUUUCUUUGCUAUUCAGGAAGGUUCGUUGUCGAAUGUCAACCGUUCCAUGGAAGGCUAAAAAGUAGUGAUUUUGGUGGCGGUGUGCAAUCCCGCACUGACAUCCAACCCAACACUCAACGUGUCACCGACAAAUUCGUGUCGUUUCCCUGUCAGCUGAAAGACCCACACCAUUAGAGCACACACACAGGGCUGAGAGAGAGACGAAAGCAGUGGGGUUAUAACUUAUAACCAUGGGGCGUCGUCUCUUUGCCUGUUUUCGUAGGGGUUCAUCGUCUUCUUCAAGGAAUGAAGUCCAUGCCAAUGGGAAAACCAAUGGAACAGUGGUUGAAGAGUCGGCGGAAGGCUCAGUCCUGGUCGAGUUGUUCUCUUCACAGGGGUGUGUUACAUCGCCGGCGGCGGAGUUGCUUUUGUCGAGGCUAGGGAGAGGGGAUUUUCAGUUGGAUGCCCCGGUGAUUGUGUUGGCUUAUCACGUUGAUUAUUGGGAUUAUAUGGGGUGGAAAGACCCUUAUGGUUCAAGCCUAUCAACUGUUCGACAAAAGGCUUAUGUGGAGGCUUUGAGGCUUGAUACCAUGUUUACACCUCAGGUUGUGGUUCAAGGCAGGGCUCAGUGUGUGGGUAAUGAUGAAGAUACUUUGUUAUCCACCAUUGCCGGUGCUCCCAGGUUCCCUGCUCCAACAUUCCAGGCUAAUUUCCAAAGGCCUACAUCAGAGUCCUUACAAGUGACCUUAACAGGAGCUUUGAGGUCUAAAGUAGACAACAAUGGUGUCAAUAUAAUGGUGGCAUUGUACGAGAGCGGAUUGGUAAAUGACUGCCCAGCAGGUGAGAACAAAGGGAAAGUCUUAUCCAAUGAUUUCGUUGUUAGAAAGCUCGAAAAACUCUGUACUGUCAAAGACGUAUCUGCUAAGAAGACAGUCUCUGGCACUGUUACUUUCACUCUAUGGGAUGGUUUCAACAGUAGCAAAUGUUCUCUCGCCGUCUUUGUUCAGAACAACUCCUACCAAAUCCUUGGUUCUCAGAACUUUCAACUUCCAAAUGAUAUUUGAAAAUCAAGGGUUUAACCAAAUCGAUUCAUACAGUCGGUGGUGUCCGAUAGAUUUAGGACUCGAAUCCUGGUAUUUACACCCCUUUCUCUUGUGCCUAGAUUAAAGCAUCUUUUGUAUAAAAAAGAUCUUGAAUUAUUGUGAUAUGAGUACAAAUUUUUAGGCAAUUUUCAUAUAUAGGAUGUGUUCUGGUUUGGGAUUGAAUUGUUUUCUUAUUUCCUGCUUUUAUGGUUUAGGAUAUGGAGAUUGGAGAGAGACAUUUGCAUUCAUUAUAUGAUUUUUUUUUUUUUUAACUCUCAAUAUUUUGCUCUUCCUUUUAUAACUUUACUUGUUUCAGUGUCAUGGUUGAACUGAUGAAGGCAGUCCAAAGCAACAAAGGUUUACAAUUUGUUGACUACUGUAUACAUUUGGUUUCCAUAAAUCUUGAGUCGAGUUGAGUAGAAUUUUAAAAUUUUUGAAUAUUUUUUGGAGUCAUUUGUAUUUUAGGUUUACGUUUUCAGGUUAGGUCAUUAUAAGUUUUAGUUAUCAUGUGUUUAAAGUGUUCCAAUUUCUAGUCUGUUAAAAUACGUCCGUCUCUGUACUCAGACAAAAUUUGGAAUUUAAUCUUUGUACUUAAAAAUAUCAAAAA